AUGCAGAAUUCCAAAAAGGGUCUGUUGUCGUACAGAUAUGGAGUUCAUUUGUCAAAGGAACAAUGUCCUAAGAUACCUCAGGAAGUUGAGGAUAUUAGAAAUAUACCCUAUGUUUUCGCUGUUGGAAGUUUGAUGGUGGUCAGUAGGUAUCAAUCCAAUCCUGGAUGUGAUCACUGGACAACCGUUAAGAACAUUCUAAAAUAUCUUCAAAGAACAAAAGACUACAUGCUCGUGUAUGGUACAAAGGAUUUGAUCCUUAUUGGAUACAAUGAUUCUGAUUUCCAAACUGAUAAACAUGCUAAAAAGUCUACAUCAGGAUCAAUAUUCACUCUAAAUGGAGGAGCAGUGGUUUGA